GUCAAGAAGUCAACUACAUAGCAGUAGCAAAUAAUGAAUUAAGAGUACAAGAAAGUAAAUUAGAUAUAGAGAUGAUACAUCGAUCAGAUUCAAGUAAUACAGAAAAUAAUAUGACAAACAUAAAAAUGGAAGUAGAGAGAAUCCAACUACCAGAAAACAGUAAAAGCAAAGAACUACUAAACCAAAUGGAAGAAGUUCAAGAGACUAAAGAAGAAGAAAUCAAUAUGACAAAUAGCUAUUAA